AUGCCGCUCAUCCUCUUCUGUGGCUAUCCAUGUUCCGGCAAGUCUCUUGUGGCUGCAAAGCUGGCUGAGGUGGAAGUGGUCUCCGAAGAGAAGCAGCUUCGCUCGCAAAUCAAAUCACAGGCAUGUGAACACUUACCUCAUUUAGUCAUACAACUGGACGCAAACAACUACAUCAAGGGCUACCGCUAUGAGCUGCACUGUGUGGCCAAAUCCACGCGGCACCAGCAGGCCAUCGUCUACUGCACGACGCCAGAGAUGACGUGUCGGGCAAACAACUCCCAAGUAUGUUGUGUUUGUUUAGGUAUCAUUUUCACUGGUUUCGUUUCGUGCAAUAACGACGGACUGGAAAUUUUAAUUCCUGUAACCGACUUUUACUUCCAGAACCAGAUUUAUUUGUCAAAAGAAACGGAGUUUUAG